GUUUGUCGUCCGUCCAUUUAAAAAUGUGCUGUUUAAAUGUUGUUAAAGUAGUUAACUUAUAGUUCUAUUUUAUCGGACCAUGGCGUGUUUCUUCAGAAGAAGAAUCGCGGAAAAGCUCGUACGUUGUCGUUUCAGCUGGCGCGGACGCUACACCGGUCCCAGGAUGUUUUCAUACCGGCUGUCACUGCGCUGCCCGUUCACAAGAGGCAACAGACUGCAGACUUCCGACUGCACAUCGACUCGCUUCACGACGGCGAGAGCUUUCCAUCCAGAGACCAUGUUCAGAUGCAGGCGGAAGAGCUGGCCGCCAAGUUAAAGCCGGACGCUGUGGUGGAGGGAAUAACUGCCGGCCACGCUGCCGUCGACUUCAGAGUCAACCGCCGACUUCUCAUCCAGAAAAUUCUGGAGUGUUUUGGACAGUCGCACGGCGAUCGUUUUGGACUCGACAGUGAGCUUUUUUACAGCCUCAAAAGAGGAACAACAUUAGUGGAGUACAGCUCUCCAAAUAUCGCCAAGAAAUUCCACGCUGGACAUUUACGCUCCACCAUCAUUGGUCAGUUCAUCGCGAACCUGAAGCAGACGCUCGGACACCAGGUGAUUCGGAUGAACUACCUCGGAGACUGGGGCAUGCAGUUCGGUUUGCUGGGAGCCGGGUUCAGUCGAUUUGGGUGUGAGGAGCGACUGAAGCAAAAUCCUUUACAGCACUUGUUUGAGGUCUACGUCCAAGUGAACAAGGAGUCGGAGCACAGUGAGGAGAUCCAACUGGCCGCCAGAGACUUCUUCCGGCGCCUGGAGCAGCAUGAGCGCGAGGCGGUGUCGCUAUGGCAACAGUUUAGGGACAUCACAGUGAAGGAGUACCGGCUUGUCUACCAGAGACUCGGGGUCCACUUCGACGUCUACAGCGGAGAGUCCCUCCACCAGGACAGCGCUCGGGAAGCGGUGGAGCAGCUGAGGCGCCUCGGGCUUCUGAAGCUCAGCGAGAGGGGCACUGGGGUGGUGGACCUUUCUCCCGCUGGAGACAUGAGCAACGUCUGCACGCUGCUGCGGAGUGACGGCACCACACUCUACAUCACCAGAGACGUCGCUGCCGCUGUGCACCGCCACCAGAAGUACCAUUUCGAUGAGAUGAUCUACGUGACAGACAAAAGUCAGGAGAACCACUUCAACCAGUUGUUCCAGCUCCUCGGUGCUUUAGGACAUUCGUGGGCCGACAGGUGUCAGCAUGUUCCCUUCGGCCUGGUUCAGGGCAUGAAGACCAGACGGGGCGACGUGGUGUUCCUGGAGGACGUCCUGGACGAGGCGCGGGCCAGGAUGCUGCACAACAUGAGCCAGGCCAAAACAACGAAAGACAUGGACGACCCAGAGGAGACGGCUGAGAAGGUGGGAGUCAGCGCCCUGAUCGUUCAGGACUUCAUGCGCCCGCUGAGGUCAGACUACAAGUUUGACUGGGACCGGAUGCUGCAGGCCCAGGGGGACACGGGGGUCUUCCUCCAGUACUCGCACGCUCGACUCUGCAGCCUGAUUCGUAACAAUGAAGAAAUGCAGACGUCGUCUUUCGAGCCCUCGCUCCUGCUGGAGGAUCCGAGCGUGGUCAUCGUGCAGCACCUGCUCCGCUACGACGAGGUGCUGCUGCAGUCGGCCCGUGACCUGCAGCCCAAACACCUGGUCAACUUCCUACUGAGGCUCAGCCACCUGGUCGCUGCUGCACACCGAGCGCUGCCCGUGAAGGGAAGUCAACAGGAAGUCGCUCAGGUGUUCGAGUGUCGCUCAGGCAGCAGCAGGAAAAACCAGUUUGAGGCGGGAAGCUGCUGUCGAAGUGAGCGUGUGAUGGAUGCCGUGAAACACCUUGUUUGUCCUCAUGCAAAUCCUUCCCUGGCUGCAUUCUUCAGGAAGAGAGCAAAUGUGGAAUAGCUGCUGGUAACGUAACCACGUGACAUUUGUUGCAGAGUUACGGCUUUAAACGGCCAAGUUGCUGGUUCAGAGUUGAAGUGAAAUGUCCCAUACUGAGGUGUUUCCAGGCCAGUGGGAGAGCGCAUCUCCCCAUCAUGUCCCGGGGCUCCCCCCAGCGGAACAUGGCGUCCCUACGGAGCAGAUGUCUGAGCUGCCUCCAAUGGUUUCUCACGGAGGAGCUGAUGUUCUACUCCCGAGAAAGCUGGUGACCACAGGUGAGAGGAGAAACCCACUGGCUCAGCUCUUCACCAUGAGAUCCGUGUCUCACUCUUGCUCAGUUACUCGAUAAGACAGGCAGAGAUGAGAACUAACACAUCCUGAAUCCGGCUUUUAUUUAAAAGACGACAUCAUCAAAGUCAAACAGAACAAAUAUGGUAUCAGGUCUUCAUGCAGUCUGUUCAUGUGCCCCGGGCGUUUCUUCCUCCUGACUGGUGACACGCACCCAAAACAAUGUUCAAAACGCAAGACAAACAGAUGGCAUGUAAAGUGACUUGAGUCUGACUUUAUUGGUCCCAUGUAUCAAAUAUGGAGUCCCCCAAGGCUCAUUCCUCAACCCCCUUCAGCAGCUUUCCUCCCACCUCGUUCGACCGUUUGGACUUCUCCACCUGACACCUUAUUUCACAGUCUGAAACACACCGGUUCAUACUUCAGCAGCUGCCCCCCCCCCUCCCCACUCCCAUCCCCCCCAACAUACAUACAUGAUUUUAGUUCCACAGGUGCACCUCAUAAGGCAUUAGAGCAGAGUUCACUGGCGAUUUGCCCUACAAUCGCGCGUCUGGUUCGAACCUGCACCGUCCAACACAAAAUCAGCCUUAAAUAAUCCUAAAAGACGUAGUGAAAGUAAAAAAAGAGAGUAACACAUUCCAGUAAUUCGUCAUAAUUUAAGCUAAAUUACAAACAAUGAUUGCAAACAAAAAUUAGGCCACUUAAAAAUACAACCUCAUUUUGGCAUGUAGGUUCGCUGUGAGUCUUGACUCGCAGAGCUGUCAGUCCUGCAGCGUGGAAGAUCUUGGGAGUUGACCUCCACAAAGAGGACCAGCACAGUUCGCACCCAGAGCGACGGCUCCCGCCACCGCGGCCCGAAGGCCGAGACUCCGCUGGGAUUCGGGUUUCACACCGAGAUCAGUUUCUGUUUGGCUUCCUUGUCCAUGUCCAGCUGCGAGACCUUGGACGUGUCCUGCUUGGGAAGUCCAUAUAGAUAGAUGGAUACGCAGACCAUGGCCGCGCCGGAGGCAAACGUAAUGGCUGCGCAGAGGAGAGGAAUAUUAGAGACACUUCAAGCAUCACCCUGCAGCGACGGAUUUACACUUCAAGCAAUGGACUAUUGCUCUGCAAUGCAGGAGCAAGGGAUGCAGCGUGACUUUUUCAAAAAGUUUCAAAAGGUGAAGACAAAAAAAUCAACUGAUAAGCUCCCAAACUUCAAGACAUGAAAUGGAAGAGAAGCUCAUCGUAGCGUUUUCCUGACUCCUCGACUCAGAAGGAGGUCUUUCAGUGCUGUAGUACCCUACAACUCUGCCUCCCCGAUCUGCCAUGUUGACUAGAGUCCCACCCCCAGCAAACUGACCUACUUCUUUAAACAACCUGGGAGACUGGAACACCAGCUCUUCAGCUUGGAUUACCAUUGCUAACUUGCCUUCUGGCUCAGCUCUACUGAACAGUGGAGCAGUGACUCAGAUCUGCAGAUCAUCCUUUCUGAUUUAAAUUCUCUUCACACUCCAGGGAUACACUUUCAUUGUUGCACUUUCUGAAACCUGAGAACAAUGGAGGACCACAGAGACGUGUGCUUCAGGCAGACCCUUUAUCAACCCUCUGUCCCAGUGAAACAGGACCGGCAGUGCAGCAGAAUCUGUCGGGGCCAACCCUCUCUGUACACAAGGCAGAGUCCCAAUACUAAGCUCACAAACUUGGGUCCAUCAGACACGUUUCUUAUGUUAUGGUUCGGUUACGCAACAACAGCUUUGAUGGAAUCAGCUCUUUAUAAAGGCUCCCGCACCCCCGGCUGGAGAGCUUGAACAAACACUUACUGAUCUGCAGUCCAAACAGCAUGACGGACGCCACGGUGGAGAGCACGAUGGCGGCUGCUGCAGAGAAGCCCUUCAUGAUGUUGUCGGUGUACUUGACCACCACGGACGUGUACAGGCCGCCCACGCUGGCCAGGACUGGAAGCACAAGAGCGCCACAUGAAGGCCGGCCGGGGUUGAGGGCGAGAGGUUCCCGGUUACUCACAGAUCACGAACAACACCCAGGGCGUGUAGCCGAAGAAGAAGCCUUUCUCCAAGACGUUCUCGCCGUCGGUCACCAGAACACCGAUCAGAGUGACCACGAUGCCCGACAGGUACAUCUGGAUGUUCCUCACCCACAGAGACGUGUCGGAGCUCUUCAGUACUUUCUCAAAGUACACACCUGCACCAGGGGGAGCACAAGAAGGUUUGGGCAUCAGACGAUCUAUGUACAUUCCACCCUGCCCGCAUCCUCCUCUUCGCCUCAUCACUCUGGAUGAUUCGCCCCAAAUGUCUCCAGCUUCUUCUCUCCCUCAUCGCACCACUGAACUGCUGCGCAGAGGAUGGGAUGAUGUCAUGUUAGGUGGGGCAUGAACCUAUACGCUCCUGACUGAGCUGCGACUGCCCAGAAGGAGCAACUCGCAAGAGCUCAUCAGGUCAACUAGACCUGAGCUGGACAACAUGGACUUCACUCUCCACUGCCCGUCUUUCAAUGCAUUUUGAACAUUAAGCAUGAAAAGUGUGACAACCAUCAAACAAAGCUGUUUUUGAGGUGAAUACUGCAGAUUCUUACCUGCGAAUCCAGAGCACAAGACUGCGAUCGCGAUGGCUGUGAAGCCAAGCACUGGGUUCUGCUCAAUCUGUGAAAGCCAAAG